AAUAAAACAGAGGAAAAAAAUCUGCGCCUAUUUCAAUCUUCUUCUCACCUUAUCUAUUAGUGUUUGUUUUUUGUGUUUUAAUUUCUUCCCUCCAUAGACAGGGUUUUGAUAAGGGUUUAUCUACGGCUACAUACUCAAGAUUGAAGAUUCUAUGAGAGUCCUAUUCUGAAUAUUCCCAUGUCCGCGCCGAGAUAUUGAAGCGAGUUGGGAACUUGGUGAAUUUACUCAAAAUAGUGUUCCAAAUACACACCUAUUUUGGAUAAAUAUUGUCUAAUCCUAUGUUUUAGAAAUAUGAGCAUGGUUGGCAAUAGUUUGGAUCCGGAUGAGGAGUAUGAUGCCUUGUUCAAUAUUCUGGACUUUCCUAUUGAAUGCUUGGAAGGGAAUGAAGUUGCAGCCGAUUGGGAUAGUAGCAAUGCACAAUUUCUUGGGCCUAUUCCUUCUAGUGUGCUAAUGGAGCAACCGAUGAUGUCCAAUGAGGAAUUUAAUGUUCCUAAUUUGUUUCCUCGACCAGUUGCUCCUGUGAGAUUCUAUGCCCCCCCCCCCCCUCCCACUGAUAUUUAAUUUUGUACGAGCUGCCAAAAAUUAUAAUGGUCUAACUAUAUUUUUUAAUAAUGGCGAGAUACGUAUACAUUAUUUAUAUUGAGUUCAUGGCUUUAUUUGUUGUCUUAAUCUUCUGAUUGAAAAGAGCCAUUGCACACAACUGAGGAGUGUGAUGUGGGAAGGAAUAAUGCUGCUCCGCACUAGUUACAGAUAUCAUGCUUGAUAUGAUUGCUGCAGCUUCAAAGUUAAAGCAGCUGCACGAGCAUGUUGAUACCUCUGGAUUGUGUAUUCCUCGUCAGAGGAAAUUUGCUAAGGUCCAAGAGUCUGGUUCCUUCCACACUCAAAGCCCUGUUUCGGUUCUUGAAAGCAGUAGCUCCUGCUUGAGAGAAAAGAGCUUGUCUAUCAAAUCUGAACAUGCUGUUCCAGCACGAAGCAGAUCGAAAAGAGUUAGAUAUUCAGGUAUAAACCCGUGGCUUUUGGCAGCACAUGAGCUUUCCACUUCUAAACGGACUUCAAAUGCCGGGAGAAGUACAGAGAAUAGGAAAAGAUUAUUUCUGCAGCCUGUUUCCAUUGAUUUGAUGAGAAAAUCUCCCGAAAAUGUUGAAAACUCAUUAACGGUCCCAGAUCCUGCCCAUCAAGUUAAGAAGUGUGCUCAUUGCCAAUCGACAAAGACACCACUCUGGAGAGAGGGGCCACUGGGGCCAAAGACUCUCUGCAACGCAUGUGGGGUUCAAUAUCGAUCUGGACGUCUAUUUCCAGAAUAUCGACCAGCAGCAAGUCCUACAUUUGUCCCAUCUCAGCACUCGAACUCCCACAGGAAGGUGGCAGAGAUGAGGAGCGGAACUAAACAAUUGAAAGUUAAAAUUGAGAUUGUUGGAGCUCCGGAUCAAAAGCAGCUAACUAAGCACGUCAAGCGAAUGCAGCUGGCCAAGCAUGUUGAUACCUCUAGCUCACUUCAGAGUGCUGGAGCUGCCAAGCAAAGGCAGCUGGCCGAGCUUGUUGACACCUCUAGCUCACUUCAGAUUGCUGGAGCGCCCAAGCAAAAGCUUCUAGCCAAGUAUGAUGAUACCUACAGCUCGCAAAUUCCUUUGCAGAAUAAAUUGGCCAAGAUUCAAGAAUCCGGUGCCUCCUGUACUCAGAGUCACGUCUCACUCCUCCAAAGCAGUAGCUACGUCAGAUACAGAUCAAAAUACGUUGAACCUGCAGGUGUAAACCUGGGGUUUCUGCCAUCACCCUGCAAAAAGGCUUCAAGUUCCAUGAGAGGUAAAGAGAAUAGGAAGAAGUUAUUUAAGGUGCCUGUUGCUUUUGGUGUCAUGAUAAACUCCCCCGAGAAAGACGGUGUCUCGUUGGACGUCUCAGAUCCUGCACCUCUGCAAAAUGCUUCAAAUUCCAUGAAAGGUAAACAGAGUAGGAAAAGGUUACUUCAGCUGCCUGUCGCUGUUGAUGUCAUGAAAAGCUCCCCCAAAAAAGAAGAUGCCUCAUUGGACGUCUCAGAUCUUGCGCGUCUGCGAAAUGCUUCAAACCCUUCUUGCCCUGCAGUUGUUAAGAAGUGUUCUCAUUGUCAGUCAUCGAAGACACCACAAUGGAGAGAGGGACCAUUAGGGCCACAGACACUCUGCAAUGCAUGUGGGCUCCGAUACCGGUCUGGACGUCUACUCCCAGAGUAUCGGCCAGCAGCAAGUCCUACAUUCAUGCCAUCGCAUCAUUCGAACUCCCACAAGAAGCUCGUGCAGAUGAGAAUUAAAGCUAUGAAGUUGACUGCUGAUAUCUAGGUAGUUCUCACAUCCCCACGCCCAGAUUUUGUUUGCCUUGAGUAGUAGCUAUUUACUGGCUUAUAUACUGAGAAUGAAGCUGCUGUCUCAUGCCUGUUGAGGCGCCGAUUUUUGUGCGAAUUUUGUGUUAGGAGCGUGCAUGGAAAUGAAGAGUGAGUGUCGAGUAGGGUAAAUAUUGUGCUAGGAUGAAAUAAUUCUAACUAGAUUAGCUCAGUUUUUGAAAAGUUUCAGCUGUCCUAUCCUAUUUUGAAACUUAGAAGUUAGCUGUUGGAAUCUUGAAACUGCUAUGGUAUCAAAAUUGAAGUAACUGAGUUUAGUAAGAGGAUUUUUGGCUGCAAA